AUGUCCCAAGAAGAUCAGGUCAAAGCUGCCAACGAUGCAAUUGCCAAUUUGCAUUUGGACGAGGUCACCGGUGAGAUGGUGUCCAAGUCUGAAUUGAAAAAGCGCGCCAAACAGAGACAAGUUGAAGCCAAAAAAGCUGCGAAAAAGGCUUCAGCUCAGCCUAAACCAGAGGCGAAGAAAAAGACCAAUGACGCCCUUGCUGAUUUGGACCCAUCUCAGUACUUUGAGGCCAGAUCCCGUCAAAUUCAAGAACUGAAGAAAACUCAAUCUCCAAACCCAUAUCCACACAAGUUCCACGUUUCUAUUGGUUUGACUGACUUUCUGCAAAAGUAUGCUCACUUGCAAAGAGGUGAGACUUUGCCAGAAGAAAAGGUCUCGAUUGCGGGGAGAGUUCAUGCGAAGAGAGAAUCCGGUUCUAAGUUGAAAUUCUACGUUUUGCACGGUGACGGUGUCGAAGUGCAAUUGAUGUCACAAUUGCAAGACUACGGUGUCGAGUCAGCAUACGAAGUGGACCACGAUCUCAUCAAGAGAGGUGACAUUGUUGGUGUUGAGGGUUACGUUGGAAAAACCCAGCCCAAGAAGGGUGGUGAGGGUGAACUUUCCGUCUUCGUCUCACGCAUUCAAUUGUUGACGCCUUGUUUGCACAUUCUUCCAGCGGACCACUUUGGCUUCAAGGAUCAAGAAACUAGAUAUAGAAAGCGUUACCUCGACUUGAUCAUGAACAAAGAAGCCAAACCUCGUUUCAUCACUCGCUCUAAGAUUAUCUCGUUCAUCAGAAGGUUUUUGGAUCAGAGAAGCUUCAUUGAAGUUGAAACCCCAAUGAUGAACGUCAUUGCCGGUGGUGCCACUGCUAAGCCUUUUGUUACUCACCACAACGAUCUGAACAUGGAUAUGUUCAUGAGAAUUGCUCCGGAAUUGUUCUUAAAGGAAUUGGUAGUUGGUGGUAUGGACAGAGUUUAUGAGAUCGGAAGACAAUUCAGAAACGAGGGUAUCGACAUGACUCACAAUCCAGAAUUCACUACCUGUGAAUUUUAUCAAGCGUAUGCCGACGUUUACGAUCUAAUGGAAACUACCGAAAUGAUGUUCUCCGAAAUGGUUAAGGAAAUCACCGGCUCUUACGUUAUCAAAUACCACCCAGAUCCACGCGACCCAACUAAGGAGCUAGAGCUCAACUUUGCUAGGCCUUGGAAGAGAAUCAACAUGAUCGAAGAGUUGGAAAAGAGACUCAACGUCCAGUUUCCAUCUGGUGAUCAAUUGCACACUGCUCAAACUGGUGAGUUCCUAAAGAAGGUUUUGAAGGACAACAAACUGGAAUGUCCACCUCCUUUGACUAACGCCCGUAUGUUGGAUAAGCUUGUUGGUGAAUUGGAAGAUACUUGUAUCAACCCAACUUUUAUUUUCGGUCACCCACAAAUGAUGUCUCCAUUGGCCAAGCACUCAAGAGAUGUGCCAGGCUUGUGUGAACGUUUCGAGGUGUUUGUUGCAACUAAGGAAAUCUGCAAUGCUUAUACUGAGUUGAACGAUCCAUUUGAUCAAAGAAAUCGUUUUGAAGAACAAGCUAGACAAAAGGACCAGGGUGAUGAUGAAGCUCAGUUAGUCGAUGAAACUUUCUGUAACGCUUUGGAAUACGGUUUGCCCCCAACUGGUGGUUGGGGUUGUGGUAUUGAUAGAUUGGCCAUGUUCUUGACUGACUCCAACACAAUCAGAGAAGUUCUUCUCUUCCCUACUUUGAAGCCUGACGUCCAAAAAGACGCCGAAGAGGAAGCCGCUAACUAA